AUGGCUGUCGAGCAGCUUCCGGCCGACCUCUGCUUCUCCCAGCGUUGGAGGUACAGCAUCAGGAAAGAUCUGGUCUUCAAGAGGAAGAACUUUGGCAGAACGUUUAGCUGUCGCCACGCCUCUACCUCUCCUCUCUCCACUUUCCACAUGCCACCGGUGCCGUCGAGAGCACUGCCACCUCCACGAGCUUGGGGCCCUCGUGACGCACGAGCGGGUCCUGGAGCCACCAACGCAGACGCCGUCGACAAAGUGUACCGCCGCCGACUGCGGCUACGGCUCGAUUCCCGCGUCGUCGGCGCCUGGAGUGACCCGACGGACACGUCGCAGGCCACGGAGGCGGCAGCAGCGUCCGCUGCUUGCGCACCCGUACCCGUACCCGUACCCGGCAGGUGCGGCGACGACUCCCCCGGUCCGCUUCCUUCCAAUGAGCCUCCCGUGGACGACGGGGACUUCAGGAGAACCGUCGUGGUGGUCACUCCGGCGGUUGAGGCAGAAUCGCCGCCGGCGGAGGCGGCGGGCACCCAGUCCAGCGACGGCGGCGACAGCGACGGAUGCUGCUGCCACAACCGAGCGUUGACGACUAGCGACCGCGAUUGCGGCGGCCCCUCGCUGUCCAUUCGUACCCGGACGAAGGGCAACCGACGAUGCAGCAGCAUCAGUCCAGGUCCAGGAGAGGACCGACUCCGUAGCGCAGCGCCAAGAAAGGCUCCGGCGCUGCUGCCGCUGGCGGCGGCAGCGGCGGCUGCGCCAGCUCCGCCGGCCGCCACGGUUUCACUGAUUCCCGACCGCAUCUCGGAGGGGUCUCCAGCAGCGGCAAGCGCAGCGGCGCGGAACCGCGAGGCGCCGCCUGCGGCGACGCUUGAUCAAAAAAUGCCAGAGCACGUCCCCGCCUUGAAGUCAAACUUGGAGAUCCGUUGUGGCUGUGGCUAUGGCUACGACUGCGGCUUUGAGUAUGGCUGUGUGUAUGGCUGUGCGUACGGCUGGAAAGGCUGCCCCGCCUUGUCCAAAAGUAAAGCCACUCGUCGUACGACUGCACGGCGCUGUUGGUACCGCGACGGGGACGAGCGCAUCGCCACGAGGUCGGCGGCUGUGGAGCUUCGGGUCGAAAGCGGCAGCGGCGUCAAGACGCCGUACACAUUGAUGUACGACGGCUGCGACAGCGCCUGA